AUGAAAAUACUGAUGAUUUUAAGCACAGUGAUUAGCCCAAACGAUACUGAUACAAAGAGAGGAAAUGCAGAUCAGUCGUCAUUCAUAGGAUUAUUAGUCCCAUGUUAUUGUUUUUCCCCCUAGAAUCCUUGACCUUGAAGAUGGUGAGUAGCCAGCCAAAGUACGAUCUAAUACGGGAGGUUGGUCGUGGUAGUUACGGUGUGGUGUAUGAAGCAGUCGUCAGGAAGACCUCUGCGCGGGUUGCAGUGAAAAAAAUUCGGUGUCAUGCUCCAGAGAAUGUGGAACUAGCUCUACGUGAGUUCUGGGCACUGAGCAGUAUCAAGAGCCAGCAUCCAAAUGUUAUCCAUCUGGAGGAGUGCAUCUUACAGAAAGAUGGUAUGGUGCAGAAGAUGUCACAUGGUUCCAGUUCUUCCCUUUAUGUACAGCUUGUAGAGACCUCAUUAAAAGGAGAAAUAGCCUUUGAUCCCAGAAGCGCCUAUUACCUUUGGUUCGUAAUGGAUUUCUGUGAUGGAGGAGAUAUGAAUGAGUAUCUGCUAUCCCGAAAGCCCAGCCGCAAAACCAACACCAGUUUCAUGCUUCAACUCAGCAGUGCCCUGGCUUUCCUUCACAAAAAUCAGAUUAUCCAUCGUGAUCUCAAACCUGACAACAUUCUGAUCUCACAAAGCAGAAUGGAUGCUAGUGACUUGGAACCCACUCUGAAAGUCGCUGAUUUUGGGUUAAGUAAGGUAUGUUCAGCUUCAGGACAGAACCCUGAAGAGCCUGUCAACGUAAAUAAAUGUUUCCUUUCAACAGCAUGUGGGACUGACUUCUACAUGGCCCCUGAAGUCUGGGAAGGACAUUACACUGCAAAAGCAGACAUUUUUGCAUUGGGGAUUAUAAUUUGGGCAAUGUUAGAAAGGAUCACCUUCAUAGACACUGAGACUAAGAAAGAACUUUUGGGGAGCUACGUAAAGCAAGGGACUGAGAUUGUGCCAGUUGGGGAGGCACUUCUAGAAAACCCCAAAAUGGAACUUCUCAUCCCUGUAAAGAAAAAAUCUAUGAAUGCCCGUAUGAAGCAGCUGAUUAAGGAAAUGCUGGCUGCCAACCCACAAGACCGUCCUGAUGCUUUUGAACUAGAACUCAGAUUAGUCAAAAUUGCUUUUAAAGACAGCAACUGGGACACGUGA